AUGGACGCGUUAAUUGCAUUGAUACCAUCAUUAUCAAAUACAAGUGACAAUGAAAUAGAAGACGAUGAUUCGAUUAAUUCGGAAAAAGUUAAUAAUGAAGAUAUCAUCCAAAAUAAAGGCGAAAGAAAUGGUGGUAACAUUGAUAAUUGCUAUACCGAAAAAAUUUUAAGGAAUUUUAAUAUUGUAGAAAAAAAUAAAAUGAAGAGAUUAAAUCAAGAGUCAGAUGUUAAGGAUGAAAAUAACUAUACUACGGAUGAUGAUAACGAAAGAUCAACAUAUAAUUUGAGAAGAAAGAGGAAAAGACUUUUGAACACUGAAAUUGAUUGUAAUUCGCAUGACCAUAAUAGCGAUAAUUUAGAUGUCUUGGCGGUAAACGAUAUGCCACAUUCAAGCGAUUCAGGGAUAGAUCGUGGCACACAAAUAAUGCUGCAGACUCCUGUUGAUCUUCACGAUAGUUCAGAGGGUAUUUCAGUAAGUUCGGAUGAAUCAGAAAAAUUGCAUGACAAUAAUAACGACAAUGUGGAUAAAGAUGCAUUGGAUAAUUCCAUCUCUAAUAUGAUUUCUGAUGCGGCUAUUGAUGUUACUGGCAAAACAUUACUGAAAUUUGCUGGUGUUUACGUUAACAAUAUAAGAAUGAAUGAUUUGAAAACAAAAUUGACAAGCACACAGCAACUCAGAGAAGAGAAAAAUCUUCACCCUAUCUCAAUAGGAAGAUCGAAAGAUUGUAUUGAAUGGCUUCGAUCAGAUGAUGGAAUGGCAUUGUGGAAAAAUAGACCGGCACGUAUGGUUCAUGUUAAAAAGAAAAGAUCACGAAAACCCAAUAAUCAAAGAUAUGCUUCCAAACCAACACGAAGAUAUGCUUCCAAACCAACACGGCAAUAUAACACUAGAAGCAAACUAUCUUUGAAUAAAAAUAAAACAGCUUAUAAGAACAAAACAUUAAAUAAAAAUAAUACAUCAAAGAAAAUUGAUGUUAAGAAGCGCACAACUCGUCCGGUUAGAGGGAAAUUGGUCCCAUGUAAAACUGAUGAAUCAAAUAAAGCUUCCGAUUUUUAUGAUUCAAAUGAAUCAAUUAAAGCUUCCGAUUUUCAUAAUUCGGAUGAAUCAAAUGAAACUUUCGAUUUUCGUGAUUCAGAUUGUUCAAAUGAAAAUUUGGAUGUUCAUGAUCUGGAUGAAUCAAACAACUCUUAUGGUUGUCAUAACCCGGUAGGAACUGACAUUUCAGGAGAGGAUGAGGAAUCAGAAGAAACUUUCUCUCAUCUGGGUGCCGUAACGAGAAAAAAGAACCCGAAACAAAAAGGGCUAAUUGAUACUAUUGAUAUUUGGAAUACAAGAAAAGGUGACGAGAGACAAUUCAAAGAAACAAAUUAUUGGGAAUUGCCAUUAUUGGGUUCUAGUCCUAUUCACGAGCGUACACAAAAUACACAUACUCAAUAUUACGCUUCUACUCCAUCGAUUGAUGCUAAUGCUGAAGAAUCUUACUUUAACAUUAAAUCCGAUUUUAACUGGAACAAUAAAAUUGCAAAAAAUGCCAAUAAAAUUGCUGCUGAAAUUUCAGAUGAUUCAAAUGAUCUCUCCACUGAGAAUGAAGAAGAAACCGUUGUAAUGUCAAGUGACGGCUGGUCAAUGAGUCAGACAUCAACUGAGACACAUGAAAUGGAUUCUAAACAACCAUGUCCGAUAAAGGAUAAAUUGAAUUCUAUGAAUCAAGAUUCAAUUUUAUUAGAACCUUCUCGAUACAACCCACAAAUUGACAAAGAUGAUGAUCCACAACCAUAUUCAGGGAUUUUUAAAAGUUUAAACUUAUCAACACCUACAUACGAACUUGCAGAUGAUUCUUUAUUUGAUCAGACGUUAUUCUCGGUUGAUGAUUUAAAUAUGUGCUCUCGACCAACAACUCCCACCUCUGAAGUUAACAUGUCUCUUGAAGAAUGCAUCGCGUAUUCGCAUGAAUUAACUCCAUUUGUGGAUGAUAACGCAUACAAUGAUGAUCAAUCUUCUGAAAUAGACUUUGAUGAAAUUUAUUUACAAGAGGCGACUAAAGAUGAAAACCUAGUCGAUUAUUUACAAGAUUUUGAUGAUAACUAUAAUGGAUGGUAUACACCCAUAUGGGAGGUAGAAGAUCCGAUUGCUGAUUUGUUUCGACCUUUAUUAGACGAGCCAUGUGUCACUUAG